AUGAGCUCCUCGAAAACUCUCACGCCUCCGCUUGACGAGGCGCCAUCGCUCAAGACGGACCGUCCGACCGGGCAACUGUUUGAGCUCAAGGAACUGCAGAAGAUCGAGCUGUCCGGCCUCGCUAUACACGAGGCGGCACGGGUCCCGCCUCCGCCAGGCCCGCCUCCAGCCGCUGCUCCUCCUCCUAUUCCUAUUCCUAUUCCUGUCCCUUCUCAUGGCGGCGAGCGCGGGCUUCGAGACUUCAACUACAAUGGAAGAGACAUCAAGCCCCGCGACAGCGAGCGUAGCUCCGGCGCCAUCGGCCGACAUCGUAUCAGCGCCUAUUCCAUGUACUCCACCUAUUCAUCUUAUGCCUCUUCGGACGACGGCCGUAGUGUUGUGACGGGCCGUGACCGCAGCGGCAGCAACAAGAGCGAAGGUGUGCCGCGGGUUGAACACAUCGAGCGGCAGCCGAGAAGAACCCCUCCCAUGGAAGCUGUGCCUCCCUCCAUGCGGCACUCUCGCCGUGGCGGCAGUGGUGUAGUGUCGCAGCCGCCUCCGACGUACGCUCCGUCUCAUGAUUUCUAUAACCGCGUGAGGUUUGCGGAUCAAGAGCGAGCCCGCCGGGACGAGACGAGCAAUCCCGGACCGCGCCAGAUCGAUAUGGCUCACAUCACCGGUGGUCACAGCGCGAAUGCCCUUUGGGUGUUUGCCUGCUGUGCCUUCUUUUGGUAUCGGUGCCUUAUGGACGAGGAUUUUUGA